AAAGCGACUUCACAUAUCAAAUUCGCCUUGUUAUUUGAGGUGUGGAAUUAUUGGGGUUUUCUGGGAGUGCUAAGGCUUCUAAAGCGAUAUUGAUAUACGGCUGAUACUACACAGAAUCGCGGUGGCAAUCCUGGAUGGAGCGCAUGACAAUCAAAGCUAUUUUUUCCAUUUCAACCCCAUCUCCAAUCACUCCAAAAAUUCACCACUCAACACCACAACAAUGAAGCUGAACCAAAAUGAGUGUAUCCUUACCCCGCGCCUUCUUCUGGUGCCAUACUGCUCGCACCACGUCCUGACCUACCACCAAUGGAUGCAAGAUGAAGACCUACAAAAGCUCACAGCAUCCGAGCCCCUCACGUUGCCAGAGGAAUACUCAAUGCAAGAGUCUUGGCGACAAGACGCCGAUAAAUUAACGUUUAUCAUUUGCACCGCACCAGACCGCUCCGCAUGGGUUCAGGAGAAGCACAUUGUACCUGGAAAGCAAGAUGCACCCGAGUGCAUGAUUGGAGAUGUUAACCUCUUUUUGUAUCCUUAUGAGGACGACGACGAGGAUAACGCACAGAAUGAAGAGAAGAAAAACAAUGAAGACUUUGUAAUCGGCGAACUAGAAAUCAUGAUCGCCCAACCAGCAGCUCGAGGAAAAGGCCUCGCACACGAAGCACUCCAGGCAUUUAUGUGGUACAUUUCUUCCUCCCUGCCCGCUCUCCUCGCAGAAUACACACAACAAAACAAGCAAAAAACAGCAAUCUUGCGCUACCUACGCGUAAAAAUCGACAAAGACAACAAGCGUAGUCUGGCGCUGUUUGACAAACUAGGGUUCAAGCAUAGUGCGGGCCCGAACUACUUUGGAGAACUGGAAUUGCGAGCAAAUAUGCUAGAUGGGGCCUUUGAUACAGACAAUGUCGAGAAAAUAGUAUAUGGGUCUUCAUAAGUGCAAGAUCGAAAGCUGGGUUUUAGUCUGGCCUCCAUGGAGUGCAGAAUGUCAGAUUUGGUAUCUAGAGUUAUGGCAAGGGAAAUGCGAAUUGUACAGAAAAGAGGAACGCCCUGAAAAUGCAAAAAAGACGCUUUUUUGCCCCCGGGAUUAUGAUUCUUCUUCUUCUUCCUCUCCAUCUUCUUCGUCUUCUUCAUCAGCCGCGCCAUUAGUUAGGCUUUUCCGCGGCACUUCGAAAACGUAAAUGCCGUUUUUGACUUUACCCGACAUCCAUCUUGCUAGUCUUGGUUCCUUGCCUA